GUUAAAGACUCACUAUAUAAGUAACCCCAAUUAGGAUAUAUAAUAUAUAUAAUGGUGGAUAGAAAACGGAUUGCCACAAUCGAGUCAGACGAAGAAGAUGAUGAUGACGUUCCGUUAAACAAAAAGGUCAAAGUAGAAGCCAAGGAAGAAGCCGAUUCUGAAGAGGAAGUAGAUAGUGACAAUGGAGUGAAGAAGGAAGAAGAGGAAGAAGAAGAAGAAGAAGAAGAGGCAAAUGGGGAAGAAAAUCAGGAUGAAGAUGAGGAUGAGGAAGAAGAUGAUGAUGGCGAUGAUGAUGGAGAUGAUGAGGCAGAAGAAGAGCGUAAAAGAAUAAGAACAUUCAAUUUUGAUGGAGUUCCUUAUUCAUUUAAGGAAAGACCAUCAGUAAUCGAAGAAAGAGAAGGAAAGAUUGAAUUCCGAGUGGUUAAUAAUGAUAAUACACGAGAAAGUUUGAUUGUGCUAACGGGUCUUAAGAAUAUUUUCCAAAAACAAUUACCUAAGAUGCCUCGAGAAUAUAUUGCUCGUUUAGUAUUUGAUCGUUCACAUUUAUCUAUGGCUGUAGUUCGUAAACCAUUAACUGUGGUAGGUGGGAUUACUUAUAGACCAUUCAAUAAUCGAGAAUUCGCAGAAAUUGUAUUCUGUGCUAUUUCUUCAACUGAACAAGUUAAAGGUUAUGGUGCUCAUUUAAUGAAUCAUAUAAAGGAUUAUGUUAGAGCUACAUCUCCCAUAAAAUACUUUUUAACAUAUGCUGAUAAUUAUGCUAUAGGAUACUUUAAAAAGCAAGGUUUUACUAAAGAAAUUACUUUAGAUAAAUCUGUAUGGAUGGGUUAUAUUAAAGAUUAUGAAGGUGGUACUUUAAUGCAAUGUUCUAUGCUACCCAGUAUAUUAAGAUAUCUAGAUCUGGGUAAAAUCUUAUUAUUACAGAAGGCUGCUAUUCAGAAAAAGAUUAAACUGAGAUCUAAAUCACAUGUUGUAAGGCCAGGAUUACAAAUAUUUAGAAAUAAUAAGAAUAUAACUUUACAAGCUAAAGAAAUACCAGGAUUAAUAGAAAGUGGAUGGCUGGAAGAAAUGGAUAAAUUAGCUCAAAAACCUAAGCGAGGUCCACACUACAAUUUCAUGGUAACUUUAUUUUCCGAAAUGAGUAAUCAUCCAUCAGCCUGGCCAUUUGCAGUUCCGGUUAAUAAAGAAGAAGUUCAAGAUUAUUAUGAAGUAAUUAAAGAACCUAUGGAUUUAUCAACUAUGGAACAAAAAUUGGAAAAUGAUAAAUAUGAAUCAUUCGAUCAAUUCCUCUAUGAUUGCCGACUUAUCUUUAAUAAUUGUCGUGCAUAUAAUGGAGAAACUACUACUUACUAUAAGAAUGCCAGUAAGUUAGAGAAAUUCCUCAACAAUAAAAUAAAGGAUAGUGCUGAAUAUUCUCACUUUCUCGAAUAGGCAUCUUAUCUACUCAUAAUAAAUUGUAUACUAUAUAUGUACUUAUUUUAAUUAGGUGUUAGUUAGUCCCAUUAGUACGACAUUUGUAAGCUGCCCCCAAAUUCGUUCACCGAUUCGCACC